GGAUAAAAUGCAUACAUCACGGUGGGCCCCGCAUAGAAUCCAUGCCACGCUAUGUCGUGGUGAGCUUCUCACGCCACAAUCCCCGCCCCCACAAACUCAAUCCGCAAAGCUAUUCUGCUUUCAGCAGAGGGUAGCGUUUUCUCCGUUCAGUUACAUCCCGGCGCAAUGCAGUUCCACUUCCUCGAUACUGCUAACUUGCGCUCUUCUUCCUCUUUUCUUCAUUUCACUUCUCCUGCAAUCCCAUGUAAACCAUCCGGUAGAAGAAAACCGCUAUUUCUCUUUGUGAAAUCGGCGAAAAGGAGCGGAGAUACAUCUAAAGUGAUCCAGAAGGAAUCGAAGGAAGCGCUCUCUCGGAUUCUAAGGACUGAGGCUGCGGUUAGAAACAUCGAAAGGAAGGCGAAUUCCGUGAAAUACUCGCGUCUUUGGCCGAAGGCCGUAUUAGAAGCUUUGGAUGAUUCUAUACGCAGCAAUCGAUGGGAAGCUGCGCUCAAGAUUUUUGGCUUACUUCGCAAACAACACUGGUACAAUCCGAAAUGCCAAACAUAUGCAAAGCUAUUGACGAUGCUUGGAAAAUGCAGGCAGCCUGUGCAGGCCAGCUCGCUUUUCCAAACCAUGCUGUCUGAAGGACUCAAACCGAAUGUUGAUGUUUACACGUCACUUGUGGGCGUAUAUGGCCUCUGUGGUCUUUUUGCUGAGGCAUUUCACACAAUUGACGAAAUGAAGUCAGUUUCCGACUGCAAACCCGAUGUAUACACAUACACAAUCCUCAUCAAUUGCUGCUGUAAACUGUGCCGCUUUGAUAUGGUUAGUAGGGUCCUUACUGAAAUGUCGUAUCUGGGGAUUGAGUGCAGCACUGUUACUUACAACGCUAUAAUCGAUGGGUAUGGUAAGGCUGGGAUGUUUGAACUGAUGGAGAGUUCACUGUCUGACAUGCUUGAAACUGGCAGUUGCCUGCCUGAUGUUUUCACACUGAACUCUUUCAUUUGGGCCUAUGGAAAUGUUGGACAGAUAGAGAUGAUGGAAAAGUGGUACGAGGAGUUUUGUCAUAUGGGUAUUGGACCGGACAUAAAGACAUUUAACAUCAUGAUCAGAUCAUAUGGUAUGACAGGCAUGUAUGAGAAAAUGGGUUUAGUUAUGGAUUACAUGAAGAAACGGUUUUACAUUCCAACGGUUGUUACUUUCAAUAUAAUUAUCGAAACUUUUGGAAAAGCAGGAAAUAUUGAAAAGAUGGACUACUUUUUCCAGUCAAUGAAGAUUCAAGGAGUGAAGCCGAAUUCCAUUACUUAUUGUUCGCUAGUUAGUGGAUACAGUAAAGCGGGUCUUCUGAAGAAGGUCCGCACUAUCUUGAGGCACAUAGACAAUAGUGAUGUCAUUCUGGAUACACCGUUUUUCAACUGUAUCAUCAGUGCCUAUGGCCAGGCUGGAGAAGUGAAGAGGAUGGAAGAAAUGUUUUUGUUAAUGAAGGAAAGAAAAUGCAAGCCUGAUAACAUCACCUUUGCUACCAUGAUUCAAGUGUACAGAGAUCGAGGUAUGGUCGAGGCCGCUCAGGAGUUGGAAAUCAAGAUUACAAAUAUGAAGAAAAACAUAAUUGGGGAGCCUGGUUGACGGGACAUACUGUGCUAAAAUGAAACAUAGUGAAGAACGACAACCUCUCUAAGUCGGAUACAUCUGGUCCCAGUCAAUGUUUGAAAAUGGGAAGAUGGUAACAUGAUCUACGGAGUUCUCAUUUUCCCAAUCCGAUAUAUUACAUCAGUUCUUACAGGUAUUGAAAUUCAUUUCCGCUAGACACAGCAGAAUAUCCAUUUCUUCACUAUACCCAAGAAAGAGGAUUCAUGUAGCUGAUUCCAAUUAGUUGGGAAACGGCAUAGAUGAUGAUGACAACGGCGAUGACUAUCUGGACUUGGUUAACAUAACAUUUAGUAAGCCUACAUACAUGCACCAGCCAACCUGGCAUCUUUGUGGAACACUGACCCGUGCUUCAGGCGGGCCACCACGUACAGAUAAUGGAUGAUUAAAAUUUUGUAGUGUCCAUGUUCCAUGUAAAACAUGGGCCUGCCUGAUGAGCGGACUGGCCUGUCGUUUUGGGUCAGGCAUCUAAACAAUGGGGACCACUUGUGUGUCGCUUGGAUGUCCCACAAAAAUGCCAGGAUACAUGUGGCCCACCUGUAGAGGUGCAUUUGGGCAUAGCAAAACUCAUUCCAAAAAUUACAUGAAAUGCCAAACCGAGAUACUCCGUAAUUCUCAGCUUGCUUAUGGUUUGUACAAGAACUUGUAGGCUGCUGGACUGAAGCCCUGAAAGAUCCAUCAGUGGACUGUUGCAGAUUGUUUCCAACUCAACUUCCCCAUGGAUCUUGUCGUCAACAAAGAAAAAGAUUCAUGCGGGCUUUGCUUCUCCAAUCAUUCCAUGCUGCAAACAAAACAAGGUCAUCCAAAUCCAAUCUGGUCAUAGAGGUGAGUGAGUACAUGUGUGACCCACCUGAAGCCAUGCACUUUCUCAAACAGGUUUGGAUGUUAAAAGAUGUUAAAAUUAAGAAAUUGUAUUUGAUGUUUUCAUUAAAAAUGAAUUUGGUGUUAUGGAAAUGAAACUUGUGAAUCGAUCAUAUGCAAAAUACUGAUUAGUUCAUCUAAUAAAGAGAAAAAUGUUAGAAAUGAA